AUGUGGAGGAAAAGAAGAAAAUUUUAUAAAAACUGGAAAAUCUUGAAUCCCAUUGCAUGUGACUCUCAGCUUGCUAGUCAAGCAUGCAAAAAGAAUAUAAAAACUCUUCAUAACAAAGUCAAAGAAGACACCUCAGAGGCUGUGGUUCAUCAGACUGAAGCAUUAGGGAAAUCUAAGAAAAAUGGAGAUGAGCAUACUGCUUCUGUGAAUGGAAAGCAGAAUUUCUCUCAUUUCCCUAAAGAUAAGAAACAACCUCCAUCUGACAGCAAAACAAAGUGGAAGAAGGAAAAUGAUAAUCCUUCAUCAAUUUCUCAUCAGCUAGAAAAAGUCUUAUCAGGGGUCAUGCUUAAUGACUGUAAAGAAUCACUAUCAGGAAAAAAUAUGCCACAGGAUUUCCCAAAUACAGCAGAAACCUUAAAACCAGUAAAGGACAAAGUUGUUGCAGCCAUGAAAUAUGGGGCUUUCAAUUUGCAAAUAGAAAUCCAGAAAAAGUUUUUCUGUAAAGCAGAAAUGCAGCUCCCCACAAGAAAGCGAUGCCCAAAAUGUCACCAGUGUUACUCUGUCAGAUGCUUCACUUCUGGAACUUGCUCUUCUACGUGCAGAAAUGUAUUAGUGGAAUUAGGGGAUGUACCCGCAGAGACUGCCAGGAGUGAGAAGCCCUCACUGAAAGUCAGCAUUUUAGGAAGAGCAAUUAAAAUUAAAUCCAUGAGCCAAAAACAGAAUAUAGUAAUUAAUGUAGCACAUCCUCAAAAAAGGGUAAACGUAUCUAAAUCUAAAAAUGUUUUCUUUAAUCCCACCAUUAAAGAGUAUGUCAGACCUUCUGUACAGUCUGCUGUUGUGACCCCUGAAAAAUGGCAGGGUAAAUACAGGCAACUGAGUUCACAUUAUUUGCAUGUCUCUUCUCCUGCUAUUUUUGCUGUUCAAAAGGAGGUGAAUUUUAAUACAGCUGAGGUUCCUCUGUGCUCAGCCUCUAAGAGGGAAAUGAAUAAGCCUGGCACUCCAGCUUCAGUCUUGGAUAACUGUGAGGUAGAAUCUGCUGUUUCUCAGAAUUUUAAAAUUAUUCAGGAUUUUCCCCCAUAUAUGUAUUUAUCUGAGGCUGAGACUCAUCUCAAAAAUACUGUUCCUACUUUGAAUGAUACUCUAAAAACUACAAGUUUAAGUGAUAUAGACUUAAGGAGAAUGCCAUUUGAGGAUUCUAAGGAUGUCUAUAGAGAUAGAAAAAUUAGCUUUGAUAUCCCACAAAGUACCACAUCGGACUUAUAUAUAGCACAAAGCACAGACAGCUUCCCAGUUCAAGACAGCAAAAACUCUGACAUUUGUUCUCUAUCUUUUCUGAGCAUGCAGUUCCUUGGAGAAGAAGCAGUCAACACUGGUUGCAAAGGCAUUCAAAACAUUCCAACUGUAGAACGCUGUGAGAACUCAAGUUCUACAUGUUCUCCUUCCAGUAAGAAUAUGCUAAAGUCUUCUCUUCCACUCAUCACUUCAUCCCAAUGGAUUACCAGACCAUCAGAAUCUAAAGCAAACCCUAGAGAAACACUGUCAUUUGAUCACAGUGCUAAAGUUGUCAUAGGCUAUGAGGAAGAGCAAGGUGAUGAGAAAAAUAGUGACAUUAACAAAGCCAAUUUGCAUAGGGACUCAAGUGGGAAAGCUCAGCAACUUGUGGAAGUGAAAACUGCACAGUGGCCCACACUUAUCCUUGCAUCCUCAGAUAACCUCCCCAUGAGGAGCCCACUUGAAAGUAGUAACCACAGCACCAUGGAAUGGAGUCAAACAGUGUCCCAAAUAAACCAUCCAGAGACAGGACCCUCUAGCAAAACAGAAGAGCUAUUCAUGAGCUUAAUAGCAAAUGAGUUAGAGGAAAGAUUAAUUAUUAAAAGUGAUAAAGAAGUCAUGGCUGAUUCUAAUUCCGCCACGGUAAUAAAAAACUGUGGAGAAUUACCCAAUUCUCAAGAAAACACAGAAAAAGGCAAAUUCCAGCUAAUACCAGUGGUAAAGAAUACAUACCACAGAGAUUUUGAAGAACUAUCAAGCCAAACUCAUAAUGAAAGCUGUUUUCAAGUGGAUUUCCCGAGCACUGCUGAGUUCAAUUGUGCAGCUGCAGAUAAUCUGUUUCUUACUGAGAAAACACUGACCAAUGAAACCAAUCAAUAUGGUAAACAAGACAAAACAAACAUUAGACAGGCAAGUUUUAAACACGAGCCAGUAGAAUGCCAAAGGAUUGCAUCAACAAGGUCAAAUCCUGAAGGUGAUGACAAUGACUCAAAGGAAAAUGACUAUCAUCAAAUAGACAUCUUGUUUUCACCUCAGCAGCAGAAAGAUUUGAAAGAUUGGAAUCUGGACAUAAAUAGCCUUCGCAAGUUAUCCCAGGAAUUAGCUCCAAGAGGUACAAGGGCAAGUGAUGGUUCCCAGGAAGAAGCAAUAGAGCAGUGGGCCAGAAGGAGGCAACAAUUCAGAGAUGGCAAACGAUGCAACUCAGCAGGAGGAAGUUCAUUUGCCAGCAACGUCACAGAAGGAUCCAUCACUUCAGAUGAAGGUCAUUCUGUGGAUAUUGGCUUUCGAAUUGAUAUUGAAGACAAAGGAUUCUACACAGAGAAUUUCCAUUCUGCAGCAUGGGUUUUUCAAGGGGACGAUGGGAAUCCUGAGGACAGUCCCAGAUGUCUCAGUAAAAAAUGUGGACAAGUAGCUGUUCGAGAGCGGACUGUAAGGCUGUUCAAAGGAACUGGAGAUUAUCCCUGGGGAUUCCGAAUUCAAUUCUCUAAACCCAUAGUGGUGACUGAAGUGGAUGCUAACAGUGCAGCAGAGGAGGCUGGGCUGCAGAUUGGAGAUGUGGUACUGGCUGUCAAUGGCACUGAGGUCACCAGUGUGGAGCAUGCGGAAGCUGUGCACCUUGCAAGGAAAGGUCCAGACAUCUUGACUCUGAUGGUGGGAUCUGACAUCAGCCGCUGCCCCAAUACCCCCUGGCCUACCUGUCGAGGCUACCUCCAUAAGAGAACUCACUCAGGAUUCCUGAAGGGCUGGAGAAAGAGGUGGUUUGUUCUGAAACAUGAUGGCUGCCUCCAUUAUUACAGACAUAAGAAGGAUGAAGGAAAAUGUUCACCUCUAGAGGCAAUAAAACUAGAAGGUGCUGAAGUUGGUGUUGAUAACAGCCUGGGAAAACCAUUUGUGUUUAACUGUGUACCUCAGUCUGGAAAUAGAACUUUUUGCUUAUGUGCAACUUCAAGUCAAGAUAUGAAAAGGUGGCUUGAGGCAAUGGAAAAAGCGGCCCAUCCUGUCCACCAGAACCAUGUCUGGGAAGAUGUUACUCUGCACAACAGUAAUCUCCCACCCUUGGCUAUCAAGAACCCAGAGUGCCUGGGUCUUCUGCACCAACUGGACAGAAACAAGGAAACAUGGGUUCAACACUACUGUAUUCUGAAAGAUGGCUGCCUAUACUUCUAUGCUAGCAUUCGCUCCACACAGGCCUCAGGUGGCCUGUAUCUGCAAGGAUACAGGGUGAGUGAGCAGAUGCUUAGCUUCAAACAGUCAGUAAUUGAACUUAAGCCUUCAUCUGAAGAGUUGAAGACUUUCUAUUUCUGUGCAGAAGAUAAGACAGAAAACCAACGAUGGAUUACAGCUCUGAAGGUAUCCAUUAAGAAAUGGCUCCCUUUGCAUCAGGCUAUUCAAGAUUUCAUGAGCCGACCUAUAGAGGAGACCAGAAUGUGAAAGAAACUUUCCUAAGUCUUAAGAGAGAAGAUCCACAGAAUCAUCAACAGAUAGAUGUGAGAAAAAUAACAAAGGUUAUGAUUAUGUAGAUUUUCAAAUUACUAUUCCUCCAAUGUAAAAAGUCUGUAUUGUAAGAUUAUAUAUACUUUAAUCAAGGCACCAAAAUUUAAUAUGAUGGACAAAACAAUGUAUGUCAACAUUAUAAAUGCCUUCACAUAUUUUCCUCUCAGUCUGAUAUAUUAGCAUCAAAAUAGUAAAUCCUAUCCCCUGCUUUUGCGAAGCUUAAAUACA